AUGGCCGUUGCUGUCCAUAUGGUCGACUGGUUGCUUCGACAAUUUCGCGAUUUGGUUUCCGAUUUUGGAAGUUUGACAGAUAUCGCAGAGCAGUGUUUCCGAGAUUUCGCCGGAAUUUUGCGAAAUAGGCUGAGCAGUGUUUGUGGGUCCUUGCCAAGAUUUUGCAAAACACGGACCACCGCUGGCCAGAGUCAUGCUCCUCUUGCGCGGUUACGUAAUAUGCCAUCUGGAAAAAGACGUCGCAAUGCGGAGAAGCCCAAAGUAUUCAACUUUUCUCCAGUGAUAAAAUCCUGCCUUAUCUCGUAA